AGAUGCCCUUGGACUCCUAUUUGACUGCUGCUAGGGUCUGGUCUAAGAAGUGACUUCUAGGUUUGUUUCACUGUUGUGUGAUCGUUUAAUCUUUCUCUAAUUAUUUCUAACCCCCUCACCUUUCCUCUCUUAUUAUCAUUCUUUUACUAUUACUUAGUUAUAACAACCCCCCUCUUCUGUUUAUGUUUGCAGCUUGUCUCUGGCAAUUCACAUCCCCUCUCUCUUCAUGAUUCUAGCCAUAGAACAAACCAAUACUUUCUGAAACAUCAGGCAUUCUUCUCCAGGUUCCUACGCCUUUACCCUCUAUCAUGGUCAUUCUCUCGGCUGAGCAACAUGCAAUCUUGGCGAAGGCAACCGAGCAGCUGAUGGCUCGGCACCACAUGACCAUUGAAGAUCAUGGCCCUCCUGAAGAUUAUGACCCAAACGACGCUGUUGAUCCAAGGGUUUCCUCCGCUAGAACCAAAAGAAAUCGCCAGAAGCAUACUUCUCAAGGCAUCAAUUCCGCUCAACCUGAACAGGAAGCCCAUGGUAUUGCUCGGGGAUAUCAUCGAAGAGGUUCCAAGUAUCAAAACUCCCGAGAUUAUAACGAUGAAAAGUGGUACUAUGAGCCACAUGCACCAGCUGGACCUGGAUAUUCAUAUACAAAUGCACCAAGGACACGCAAUGGGGACCAGCAAUCAGAUCCACUUCGAAGCAGGCAAAUUCAGAUCAACUAUCUGGAUACAUUGGCACUUCGAAUUCCUGAUUGCAAAUCAAUCAGAGAAGAUGGUGAAUCUAAAGAAACCCUCCGUCUUGCGCUUCUGAAAAUUGCUCUCAAAGCCCUUCAGUCCUAUGGCGAGUCUCACGGUUUCGACAUGGAUUCCACCACCAUUGACUUUAAAUGCAUUGGAGGAUCGAGAAAUGGACUCGCUUUGCCUGGUGGAGAUCUCGACUUGACUUUGACCAUUCAUGGCUCUGACUGCCCAUCUGUAUUGGGACCGUUGUGUCCUCUCAUAUUGGAGAGUGCCUUCCUCGAGGCUGGAUUUGGAGCUCGCUUGCUAUCACACACUAAAGCCCCCAUUCUAAAAGUGUGUCAGAAGCCAUCGCCACAGUUAUUGAACGAGCUUAAGAAGGAACGGGAAAAUCGGGAUAGACCACUCCAACAAGCUAGUUCAAUGCCAGAGUCAGCGGCGCUGGGUAGGAAACCAGCAACCCAGUCAUUUGGCCCUCAUCGCCCAGCAAAACCCAUUACCCAAAUUGAAUUUCCCGAGGCGGGAGCCGGUAUCAUAUGUAACAUCAGUUUCACGGGGCACCUCGCUAUUUGCAACACGGAGCUUCUACGUUGUUAUGCGCUUUAUGAUGGUAGAGUACGAGAGCUAGGUAUGUUUGUGAAGAUGUGGGCCAAGGCACGAAACAUCAACAGCCCGUAUCAUGGAACUCUCUCUUCUUACGGAUACAUUCUCAUGAUGAUCCACUAUCUUUCAAAUGUUGCUCGCCCACCCGUUGUGCCGAAUCUUCAAGCACCUGAUCCGCCUUUUCAACUCCCUCGCCCGAGGGAUGUUGAUGGAUACAAUGUCCAGUUUAUCAGUACUGAGAAGGCGAUUGCCAAUUAUGCGAGACAUAGCACCCGAAAGGUUAAUCACCAGUCUGUCGGUGAGCUUCUCCGUGGGUUUUUUGCCUACUAUGCCGGCCAGGGUCGAGGUGGACCAUUAGGAGGGUUCAAUUGGAUACAUCAGACCAUCUCUAUCCGGACUCGUGGUGGAAUAUUGGAAAAAUCUGCGAAAGGAUGGACAACAGUGAAGUCUGAUGCGGACGGCAAUCGUCACCAUCAUCUGCUGGCCAUUGAAGACCCAUUCGAGCUCGAGCACAAUGUUGCCCGAACCGUUACGCUCGCCGGUGUGAAUGCCAUCAAAGCUGAAUUUCGAAGGACCCAGACUAUCAUCGAACGGGUUCAGGAGAUUCCUGGAAUUGGUUGGGAAUGGCGAAAGAACGACGGUGAGGUAGGCGAGGAUUUCCUCGCUGCCGUUAGGAACCAGCGCCCUCGAUGCAAUCCGGGCCAGUAUUCGGCAAAUCAAGCUGAUAUCAAUACCUCUAACCCCCAGAAUGAUGACAAACCCCCAAGAACAGAAAUUAUCCCUACAGAGCUGAUCAACCACGAGGAGAUUGGUGCCAAUAAAGCACGUGAAAGUCCCACAACUCUCUCAGCGAACACAAUCUCCUGGAACCCGUUGAUCAAAUCAUUGCCCUCUGCAAAGACCGAAAGGGACGAAAGGACACAAGUAAACCGGGAGGUUUUCAAGAAGCAGGUCGAAAUAGCGGCAGAAAAGAUGCGACGUUUACUCCAAGUCCCGAAACCUGAAGCUACAGCAACUGAGGACACUGUCUCCCUACCAAAGCCUCUGAACCAUGAUUCAAGACAAUUCCAUGGCCCAGAUUCUAUUAGCGAUCGAGAAGCUGCAUGUUUGGAUCGAGAGAGUCUUAGAGAUCACGAUUCUGACCUGGACAAUAUCAGCGAUGUUGUCUGCUGCGGAGACCUUCCAAAGUGCAGCGACUUGGAUUGAGCUAUUUUGACUCGGUACUCGCUGAUUACUUGAAGAUUUUCCGCCUUUUGGCGUAGAGCCGUGAAGGUUGAAAUGGAUAUCGGAAGCCAAAUAGAGAGUAGAAAGAUGAAUACAGGGUGGAGGUUACUUCGAAAUUCCAGGCUAUUUAUGGGGAACACGGUUCACUUGAUGUUUUGCUCAAUUUAUUCAGUUAGCCAAUUAAGAAAAAGGAAUUU